AUGAAUCCGGUGAAACAACUUUGGAAAAAAGUGAGCAGUGACUUUGGAAAAAUCCAUGGAAUCGUCCAAUUUGCGCAUGAUUGGAAGGUAGGGGCAUUUUGCACUGUUGGAGUUAGCGUGCUCUCUUGGGUUGCGACGGCCGCCUCUUGUGCUUUUAUUGCCAAAGCACAACGGCAAAGGGUGGCGGCGGCAGCUGCAGUUCAAGCGGCGGCGGUGGCAGCUGCAGUUCAAGCUAAGGAGGCGGCGGCAGCUGCAGUUCAAGCGGCGGCGGCAGCUGCAGUUCAAGCUGAGGAGGCGGCGGCAGCUGCAGUGGCAGCUGCAGUUCAAGCGGAGGAGGCGGCAGCAGUGGCGGUGGCAGCACAAGUGGCGGAAGAGUAA